ACAGAGCGCUGCAGCUGUCGAGACCGAGUGAGGGGACGACCAGCGGGAGGAGAGAGAGGGGAGGAUAGACAGUGCGAGAUAGAGAUAGAGAGGAGAGAGAGGGAGCGAGAGGGAGCGAGAGAGAGAGAGAGAGAGAGAGAGAGAGAGAGAGAGAGAGAGAGAGAGAGAUGGGUGUUUUUCCACGGAGCUGAGAUAGAGAGAGAGCCGCGGAGACAACGAGAUGUGACGGUUCCAGGAGUCGCGGUGGAAUGAUCCGGAAAAUAAGGUUUCUAGAAAUCCCUUCAGCUCCAAGGUCAUCAAUGAACAACUAAUUCAAUGUGAGAGAGCAAACGCAGAUCACACUGUGUAGAGUGUGAAGAGUCCCAGUGACACACCCUGGAAACCACUCAGGGGAAGUGAGUGAUGAGAGAGGAGGGGAGGGAAACGCUCAAUGUGUGAAAUAAUGAAGCAAUAGGAGAGAAAGCCAAAUGAAGAAAUAAGAAGAUAGGGCUGCAUGAGUGAGGAAGGAGGAAUAAAAAAGGAUAGAAGGAGCAAGAGAAGGAGGAGGAAAGGGAUGAGGAGGGGAGGUGAAGAACGCCAACAUCUCCAGGAUUCCUGUUCCGUCGGUCAAGCUGCACCGCAUGUAAGAGAAGUUGAAUGGAGCCAUGAGGAAAUCAUAUCCAAACGCUAUAAAUAGGAUUUCAAGCGAAGAGGAAUCGUGGAUUUUUUCUCACACUGGAGGUCUCGAUGUUGGAAUACCAAACCAGGAUUGAGCGAGUAAUUCGGGAUUUUCCAGGUUUUCUUCAUCUAUAGAAGCCUAAGAGGAUACUGUGGGAUUGGAAUUUCUGCAACUCUCCUGUUUUCUGACACUGACCUACAUCCGCCUCCUUUUGAUGUGUAUGGGGGCGUGUGUGUGUGAAGGGGAGUAGGACAGGUUUCAACACCAACAACACACAACCCCCCCCCCCCCCCCCCCCCCCAUCAUCCUCCUCCCACUGGCCCAGCACAAGGAGAAACACCUGGGGCGAGAUCUGUGCUAAACACUCGCCUACACACACACACAUAAACCUGGAUAACAUGUGGAGCUGAUUCGGAUUAUAGAGCCGCACAGACGGAAAAGGUCUGUGGAUCGCCAGGCGUUCUACCAUGCCUGUCCCCCCACCCCUCAAUCCCUGCAGACAAAAAAACCUGCCCUACACACACCUCCAUCCCGAGCAAAGGGCAGAACACUCCACCUUCCCCUCCCUCUUCCCUCCAUCCAUCCCCUCUAUUUCUCUUCUCCCUCCUCUCCUCGUGUCGUCUUUGCCCUCCUCAUCUCAUCUCGUCCACUGCGCAUGCCCCAGAGCUACGAAAAGAACCCUUCCUGACUCUGUCCCUUUCCUGACGUUUCACUGGCUGACUCUGGUCACAUGCUGUCUGCUGCCUUCGCUGAUUGGAGCAGGGGAGACGUGGGGCAUGGUGUCGGCCUGUCCCUUCCACUGCGUGUGUCGAAACCUUUCAGAGUCGCUCAGCACGCUCUGUGCCGAUAAGGGCCUCCUGUUUGUCCCCGUGAACGUUGACCGGCGCACUGUGGAGCUGCGCCUGGCUGACAACUACAUCACGGAAGUGGGUGCGAUUGACUUUAUCAACAUGUCUGGAUUGGUUGAUUUGACUCUGUCGAGGAAUACCAUCAACCUGAUCCGACCAAUGACCUUUGGUGACCUGGAGAGUUUGCGCUCGCUGCAUCUGGAUGGUAAUCGCUUGACAAUAAUUGGACCCACGGACCUCACAGGAUUGGUCAAUCUGCAACACCUGAUCAUUAACAACAACCAGCUAGUCAAAGUCUCUGUCCAGGCCUUUGACGACUUCUUGCUCACACUGGAAGACCUCGACAUGUCCUACAAUAACCUCAAGAGGGUACCAUGGGAGUCCAUUCAGAACAUGGCCAGUCUGCACACUCUCAAUCUGGACCAUAACCUGAUAGACUACAUCGCAGAAGGAGUCUUUGGAGAGCUCUACAAGCUUGCAAGGCUGGAUAUGACCUCCAACAGGCUCCGAACCCUGCCUCCUGAUCCCCUAUUUGCAAGGUCCCAGACUGGUGCAAUAAGUCCGACCCCCUACAAUGCCAUCAUCAGCUUAAAUUUUGGUGGGAACCCGCUGCACUGCAAUUGUGAACUGCUAUGGUUACGGCGGCUUAUCCGUGGGGACGAUAUGGAGACGUGCGCCACACCCCCUCACCUGGCUGCAAGAUAUUUCUGGUCGAUUCCUGAGGAGGAGUUUACUUGUGAACCACCUCUCAUCACCCGUCACACUCACAAGCUGUGGGUGCUGGAGGGCCAGCGAGCCACGCUAAAAUGCCGUGCCAUUGGCGACCCCGAGCCCGUGAUCCACUGGGUUUCACCAGAUGACCGCAUCGUUGCAAAUUCAUCCCGGACCAGCUCCUUCAGCAAUGGGACCUUGGAUAUCUUGGUAACAGUUGCCCGGGAUGACGGGGCAUACACAUGUAUUGCGAUAAACGCUGCGGGUGAAGCGACUGCCACUGUGGACCUGAAAAUAAUCCCCCUGCCUCACCGGGGCGGAGCGGGUGGAAACACAGGGAAUAACAACGUGAACACCAAAAGCAACGGGAACGUGACCAAUGGGAUUUUACGGACCGAUCCGGGCUCCUCGGAUAUCAGCACGGGGAAAAACGGAGGGAUUAACAACGGCGCAGGACGUGGAGGGGAAGGAGAGGAUGGGAGAAGAGGUGGAGGAGAGGACGAGGAGGGGGAGAGGGCCGGUGGAGGGAGCAUGGAGAACGACGAGGGGGACGACGAGGAAGGAAGGAGGGUUGGAGUACAAGGAGUUACGUCAACCUCGGCACAGGUCCAAUGGGAUUUGGGUAGUUUGGCUGCAGUUUACGCUGUCUGGAUGUAUCAGAUACAGUACAACUGCACCGCCGACGAGACACUCAUCUACAGAAUUCUUCCAUCAACCAGUGAUCGUUUCCAUUUGAAGAACUUGGUUUCCGGUGUGGACUAUAACAUAUGUGUGCUGGCCAUUUUUGAUGACACAAUCACAUCACUAGCUGCAACAAAAGUCCUGGGCUGUGCCACGUUCUCCACCAAGGAUGUUUAUCCAGCAUGCCGCUCUCUCCAAGCCCAUUUCCUGGGCGGGACGCUCACCAUAUUGGUCGGCGGUGUUGUUGUCGUAACCCUACUCGUGUUCACCGUGGCGCUCAUGGUUCGCCACCGUGUUUGCAAUCAUGGUGACCACAUGAUAUGCCACAACGGCAACACUGAGGCAGGAGGCGGGGCCUGCUGUCAGGGUGGAGGUGGAGGGAGCGGGGACAAAGGGGGAAACGGUAGCGGGUGCUACCAAUCAAAUGGUUCUGGGGACAUGAUGAUGGUGGUUUUGCCCAAUGGGCUGCCAUCCAAGAGGGGAGGGGAGAAGGACAAGGAGAAGGACAAGGAAGAAACUGAUUCUUCUUCCUCUCUGGUGCCAAAACUCCCUCCAAAGCCCAGGCCUAAGCCUAAAGUCAACCUGGAGCAGUUUCUUUCAGCCGGAGGGGUAGUUUCCACGACGACGGCAGGUGAGAUGGCAUUGGUGGUGAGGCAAAGAAAGCUGGAGAAGGCGCCGCCAUACACCCUUGAAAGUGACAGAACUCCCCUCUACUACUCCCCUUCUUCCACCCUGCCCCGUCAGUCACAUGCCAGGGAUCGCCCAAGGACCCGUCUGGAGCGAGAACUGACCAAUCGAGCCAGUUUCUCUCUGGCUACACCUCUGGGAGAGUCAGAGCUGUUGGACUGGAGAAUCAGUGCCCGAAACCGGGACAGAUGGAACUCCUCACAGGCUUAUCAGAGCCCUCUGUCCCCUCUGAGUCCUGUUCGCGGGACUGUUAGCAAACGGCGGCACUCGUUGGAUAUGGGCUCUUCUGUCGCCCUAGCAACUGAUGCAGCCACGACUGUUGCGAAGCGCUAUGGUGCUGUCAACUAUGCCAAGCGGCUGAGCGUGAUCUGGACAAGGCGGAGCCAGUCUCUCCAUGGAAUGCUGGUGCAGUGCGCAUCGACGACGAGCACAACUUCGACGACCAGCGAUGAGGAAAGUGGCGUAGGCUUUGGGACACGCUGCGAGUUCCAACGGGGAUACAUCCACGCGUACAACACCACCAACUCCAACUCUAACACUGGGAUCACUACUGGCAAUGUGAGCAGUGUAAAAGACAGGGGGAAGCAACCGGUGAAAGAAGGAAGGAGUGCUGAAGAACUCGAGGAAAGUGUUGUGUAGGGGGUUGUGGAAUGUAACCAAAAAACGUUAGGAGGGAUAAAAGAGUGAGAGAGUUUGGGAUCUUGAAGAGUUCAAAGAGGUGGAGUCAGUGGAAUCAUUGAGGGAGCAGGACAGGUGAGACGAAGAGCAGAUGAGGAGAGCAAGGUUUAGAGUUUAGAAGAAGGGAGAGGAGUACAAUUCACUUGAGCUUUACUUGUGAAGCUCCUUUAUUUGCCCUGGGAGAAGGGUAGCUGAACAACAGGUUCGCUUCAUAGCUGACGAGUAAAUGGGCGGAAAAAUAAGUAGCGAGAGAGAUGUGACAGGAAAAGGGGGAGAGUGAGAGAAACAUAGAGCUAAUUGUUUUAAAGUGGCCUUUAAAUAUUUAAAGCAGUAAACAAUUAAGUGAUACAAAAUAGAAAAGAAAGAAGGAACACAAGACAACAAGAGAAUGACAGAUGUAAGGACAGACGAUGUGACCGAGUUAUAGUCAGAGAGAGACAUCAUCCAACACGGGAACAUCAGUAGAGUAACAAACAAAGGUUAUAUAGCGUGAGCUCAGCUUGGAUCUCAGUAAAGCCCAUACACUAAUAGAAGCAGACUCUUGCCAACACUUCAACUCUCCAGGGCAUCAGUCCCCACCAAACCACGAGUGUUUACUCUGGAUCAACAACAACAAACCGACUGGUAGGACUUGAGAGACAGUCAUACGAAAAUACAUUGAAAAAGAUUUGGAUGACAAAGUCCUGCUUUGUUAUUUAGUUUUUUGACUCUCAUGCUGACGGCCAUUUUGAAACUCUUUUCCAAAACACAAUGAAUGUGACUUUUAUGUGUCCUCUGUGGCCGGACAAUGAUUGUGGCUUGCCGUGCCGGCGGAUUAUGGGAGCAUAAAUACAGAGCGGGUGCAUUGGACAUGAUCAAUCGAUACUGGCUGGGAAGGCCGAGUGCAGCACAGACAUUAUUAAAAGAAAGACAUCGGGAUUACAAUGGAGUCGAUAUGGAUUACAAAAUGGAGGAGACGGGGGGGGGCAUGAAGGAACAUGUGUGCGUGUGCAUUUCUGAAAGACAAGAUCAUAUUGGAUGUCGGAAGAUAAUGGACCAAACAAAUGAACAAUACUAAUGGAUGCAUAAAUGUGCAUGCAUUGCUGGAUCAGGGACAGGUUGUGUGUAUGUGUGCCUGUGUGUGUGUGUUAGUGAGCACACAAUAUAUGAAUGUUUGUAAGGAGCAAUCCAUUCAGCCAGACUCCAUUUGUGUUUCAUUAGGUUUAGCGCUUUCUGGACAUGCUGUAAAUGGAAUAAAUGUAAAAAUUCAACAUUGACGUCGGUCCACCGAAGACAUUUUCACCAAAACCAGAAUGAAUCACUAUUUCCAGCAAAGCAUGGUCAGAAAGCGGCAGACGUUAUUUUUUGUGACUUCAGACUCCUUUGUGCCACAUGGAUUCACGUUAAAUCCAAACAGUGAAUGUUUUUAGAAAGGAAGCAGAUAAAAAAACACCAUGGAAGCCACUAACGAUAUAAACUCUUCGUCAAGACUUUGUAAAACUUAUAUGGGACGACUGAUCCAAUGGCACAGACCACAGAGGCUCCAAAAACAUUAUCAAAGAGAAAAAAAAAACUAAAAGAGGAAAGUACAUAUAUAUAUAGUAUAUAUAUAAAAUGAUGUUACUUGUCGCACCAUGUGUUUCUAUUUUUCAACAAAUCUUCAUGAUUAGAACAAGAAAUGUUCAUCAUAACUAGGCAGAAAAAGACCAAAACAGAUAUCACACACACACACACACACACACACACACACACACACACACACACACACACACACACACACACACACACACACACACACACACACACACACACACACACGAUGCCUAUAAAACAGAGCCAACUGCAUUAAUAAUAAUGACUUUUAACCAUUACUGUUGUUUCCUUUCUGUUUUUAUUUCAUUUUGCCAAAGUCAAUAUUGUUCUCUGGACUUGAUAUAAAUAAUAAAAAUUACAUGUAUGGAACAGA